AUGCAACAACCUCAAGGUUUUAUGGAUCCUGCUCAUCCUACCUAUGUCUGUAAGCUUCACAAAGCUCUUUAUGGAUUGAAGCAGGCUCCAAGGGCUUGCUUUGAUCAGCUCAGUUCUUGGUUAAGUGAGUAUGGCUUUCAAGUUUCCAAAGUUGAUCCCUCCCUUUUCAUCUUCAACACCCCAGCUGCUACAAUUUUUCUACUUGUCUAUGUUGAUGAUCUUGUCAUUACUGCAUCAAAUUCCUCAGCCAUUAACACACUAAUUGCUGCCAUAAGCAAGGCCUUUCCUGUUCGGGAUCUUGGCAAUUUAUCUUUCUUUUUGGGCCUUGAGAUUGAUCAUACUACGGCUAGACUGUUCAUCUCCCAACGAAAAUACAUCAACAACCUCCUCACCCGUAGCAACAUGCUCCAGUGCAAACCCAUGUCCUCACCCAUGGCUGCUUCACUCAAGCUCUCCAAAUUUGAUUCACCUGACUUUGAUGAUCCAGUCCUCUACAAAAGUCUCGUUGGAGGUCUCCAAUAUCUCAACUUCACUCAGCCAGAUAUCUCAUUUGCAGUGAACAAACUUUGUCAGUUCAUGCAUUCUCCCAAACUUACUCAUUGGAGUGCACUCAAAAGUGUCUUACGAUAUCUCAAGGGCACCAUCAAUCAUGGACUAUUUUUUACCUCUCACUCAGGCCUUGUUCUUCAAGCUUAUUCUGAUGCAGAUUGGGGUGGCUGUCCGGAUGAUCAUCGAUCAACAAGUGGCUUUUGCAUUUUUCUUGGCAACCAUCUCAUCUCAUGGAGCUCUAAGAAACAAAAAUCUGUUGCUAGAUCAUCUACUGAGGCUGAAUACAAAUCCUUGUCAUCCUUUGCCGCUGAGCUAAUUUGA